CAAAUACGGUGUUCAAUAAUGAUGGCUACAGGUAAACUAUCGUCUCAAGUUGUUCUCUACAUUUCAUGCCAAGGACUUCUCAACGCCGAUCUCACAUCGAAGUCUGACCCGCUCGUCUCCUUGCUUCACGACGACAGACGCGACGUCACGCGCCAAUGGAGUGAGGUGGGAAGAACAGAGAGAGUUGAAAAUUCACUGGAUCCUUCAUUCGCCACGCCCAUCAAGAUGAGCUACUGUUUCGAGGAGGUGCAGAAGCUGCAGUUUCGUGUCUAUGACAUUGACGUGGGGGCAACGUAUUCUCUGUCGGAUGACGAUUUUUUGGGAUCCGUAGAGACGACUUUGGGAUCGCUUGUUGGCAAUCACACUACUCAGCUGCCGUUGAAGAGAAAAGGCAAAGAUGCUGGCACAAUAAAGAUUAUUGUUGAAGAAGGGUCAGGAUCCAGUGAGGUGGCAACUUUCAGUUUUCGUGCAAGACAUCUUGACAAUAAGGACUUUCUUGGCAAAUCCGAUCCAUUUCUUGUAUUUGAACGUACCCUACCUGAUGGACAGUCCCUCACAAUCCAUCGAACUGAAGUUGUAAAGAACAACUUGAAUCCAUCGUGGAGGUCCUUCAACAUGUCUGUUCAAGAGCUCACUGGACAGAAUGAAGACCAACAUCUCACGAUUAGCUGCUACGAUUAUGAUGACGAUGGUGGCCACGAUCUAAUUGGCGUGUUUACGACGUCGUGGAAGGAAAUGAAGGAAGCAAUGCAUAAGGAAAUGCAAUGGGAAUGCAUCUCUCCCAAGAAGAAAGCCACGAAAAAGAAAUACGUCAACUCUGGUGUCAUCUAUUUGUCACACUUGAAGGUUGAAAAACUCCACACGUUUGUUGAUUUUGUAUCCAGUGGAUGUCAGAUAAACUUCACGGUCGGGAUUGACUUCACUGCAUCAAACGGUGACCCAAAAACGGCAACAUCACUUCACUUCUUGAAUCCCUACGAACCAAAUGAAUACAUGAAGGCGUUGGUGGCUGUUGGGAGCGUUUGUGAACAAUAUGACACUGACAAGCUCUUUCCUGCGUUUGGAUUUGGAGCCAAAAUUCCUCCAGAAGGAAAGGUAUCACAUGAAUUUCCUCUGAACUUCAAUCCGUCCAACCCCUACUGUGCUGGCAUUAUUGGUGUGACGGGAGCAUACCAGGCUGCAAUACAGCAAGUGUCUCUUUAUGGCCCCACAAAUGCAGCUCCAAUAAUCAAUCAUGUUGCAAGGUUUGCCCGACAAGCUGAAGCAGAAUCAAAGGCCAAUAACUAUUUCAUACUGCUGCUUCUCACUGAUGGUGUAUUAUCCGACAUGGUGAAAACUAAGAGUGCAAUCAUAGAGGCAUCACACCUCCCAAUGUCAAUCAUCAUUGUCGGUGUCGGUAAUGCCAAUUUUGCUGACAUGCGAGAGCUCGAUUCUGACGAUUCAAGAUUGAAGGUGAGUGGAAAGAACGCGGUGAGAGAUAUCGUCCAGUUUGUGCCGUUUGCCAACUAUCGAAACUCGUCGCCUGCCGAUCUGGCACGUGAUGUCUUGGCUGAAGUGCCUGCCCAAGUUGUAGAAUACUUCCGAAUGAAGGGCCUACACCCCAUGGAACGAGUCGUGGUGGCUACAACAGCAGCUGAGUGAUGUUUACGAAGUCACUUGAGUUCGACGAUUUUUUGUUGGUUUGAUACAAUUUUGCAUGCAUAUCAUGAUCGAGACAUGUUCGUAGAGUGUGAGACUGACCAUUGGAUGAAUUGAUGCAGACGAUUAUAAUUGAUAUUAAUUACAAGUACGAGUGCCGAGACAUUUUUGACACAAUCAGUAAAUGUAUUGCACUGUUAGU